AUGCUGAGAAAAAUACGACACACAAACAUUGUUCACAUGAUUGGUGAUUGUAGGAAAGGUGAUAAUUUAUAUUUAAUUAUAGAGAUAAUGGCGAAUGGUUCUUUACUAAAUAUGCUGAGGAACGAUGCAGGCUCAACUAUUGAAACCCAAGAUCUCAUAAAAAUCGCACUUCAAGUUGUAUGUAGUGCGAUGAAAUACCUUGAAAAAAACUUCAUUGCUCAUAGAGAUUUGGCGGCUAGAAACGUUUUAGUUUCUAAAUACAAAAAUGUGUUCAAGGUAAGUGACUUUGGAAUGGCUUUGGAUUUAAAUCAGAAUAAUCUUUACAAACAAGCAUCAUCUAAGGUACCAGUUCGAUGGACCGCACCAGAAGUUUUGCGGAACAAAAACCAUGAACUCAGGUCGGACGUUUGGUCAUAUGGCAUUUUAUUAGUGGAAAUAUUUUCUUUCGGAGAAACUCCAUACCAAGAGUGGAACGUGCACGAAGUCGUGAACCGCGUCUUGGAUGGGUGUAAACACAGACAGCCGCGAAACUGUCCUAACAACGUUUAUGCAAUCAUGAGUCAAUGCUGGUUCAUGGAACCAAAGAGAAGACCUUCUUUUGUCGAACUAUUUUCAUUAUUCGAAUCACUCAUUAGUGGACACUAUCAACUUUAUCUAACAGUAGACGGUUGUUGA